AUGGAACGUACAAUCCCACAACUUCAUCAUGAACAGUUCAGGGAGCAUUUUCGCAUGACUCCUACAACGUACAAUCGGCUCGAACAGAGAUUGGCACCAAUCUUGCAAGGAGAUAUUGAUGUGAAAUCUCACAUUCCAGUCAGAAAGCAAUUGCUUGCAACCCUUUGGUUGUUGGCUACACCAGACUCUAGGUCUGUAGGAGAAAGAUUUGACAUAAGCAAAAGCUCACUGAGUGUCAGUUUCAUGAGGGUUGUACAAGCCUUGAACGACAUCGCUGCAGAUGUUGUACAGUGGCCAAGAGGAGACAGAUUAGCAACAGUGAAACAAAAAUUUCAGACGUUGUCAGUGUUACCUGACAUAAUUGGGGCUGUGGAUGGUACUCACAUUUCCAUAAAACAGCCGCAUGCUAUAUGCGAUUCUGAGUUGAUGUUUCUGGAUUGCUUUACCCAGGAUCUGUCGGUGAUAUAA